AUGGGCUACAUCUUGGCCACUUGGUACGAGGUUGGCUUGGGAGCCUGCGGAUAUACCGACAAGGAUAGCGACCCCAUUGUCGCUAUCUCUUAUAUCAUCUACGGGAGCGGUGGCAGCUGCGGGCAGUGGAUGCAUAUCACCAACACUGUUAACGGCAUCGGCCAGUACGGCUUGACUUACGAUGAAUGUGAGGGCCAGUCCGAUAUCGUGAACAUUCUCUGGCUGGACAUACUCCGAGUAUAA